GUUCUCUUCUUCCGAGUUCCGACACUUGCCCUCGACCCGAUACUUGCACAGUUGCAGCCCUUGCGUGGUACAUGACUUGCAUAUGAAACUCAUGCUUCGCCCUGAAUGGAGGCUUUGGCCCAUCUCCACUUUCCUUGGUGUCACUGACCUCAAAACCGGCGUCACCGUUGUCCUACUGUUCGCACUCCUCAACAAAGUAGCGGGCGUAUACGGCUUGAUCGCUGUUCUGACUGGUGCAGUUAGCUCUUUUGCACAGCUCAGUCUAUACAUAUAUUCAGUUCUCGGCCUCGUCGCACUAAGCUGGGGACUGAAAUCCGUCAAAGAUGAAAACCCUCAUCACACACUCUAUUUUGCAUACUUCUUCUUUGUGGACCAUAUCCUCUCGACAGCCUGGACGGUCUUCUUCUCCAUGGUUUGGUGGAUGUAUACCCCGCAUGAUGGGCAGCAAAUAUCCAAUUCACCUGCGCAGGAGGCCAUACGGCAUGGUGCACCAGCUGUUAACCAUACUAUGACGGAUGCGCAGCGAGCUGCAGAAGCAAAUAUCUUGUGGCAUGAGGAGAAGGGCACUGCCAUGGGUGUCAUCGUAAUCAGCUGGCUUGCCAAGAUAUACUUCGCACUAUUACUCUACUCAUACGCCACUCACCUCCGCAAGGGCUCCUACAACUCCAUCCGACACUUCCGUUCGUAUUCAAGUGCUCCCGCAGGCUACACCGCAGCACUCACAGAAGAGGAGGACGAAACUGAUGAUUUUUACCUACCCUCGAUACGGAGGCACCAGCCGUCGCACGUUCUCAAUGAUUCUACAUCACACCUUCCAAACGGCUCACCGUAUUUCCCGAACGGCUCUGCUUCAUACGUCCCAAAUGGCUCCUCCUCGCAUGUUUCCAAUGGCUCAAUAUCGCAUCUCCCCGAUUUUGUGAGCGCCCCGGGAAGACAUGGGAGGAAGGCGAGCAGGGGGUUCUCGGGGAAGACCAAUAUACCCGGGAGGAAGAGUGAGGUGAAUGGGGAGGUUAUCUUUGAAGACGCUGCGUCUUAGGUAUAUACUGUUUUUUUUUGCGUUGGUGGCAAUCUAUCGACGAGCAUAAUAUUUACGAUAAGAUGCUUGACAGGCCUUGAUGUUGAUUCCAUGAGCAAAAUGACAAGGGUGCUGAUCUACUAGUCAGCUAUGUCUUGGUCACGAUUCUUAAAAGACUUUUAUUUCUUGAGGCAAGCCUUCGUACUGCCAUAUCAAUCGAUGUAUUCUUCGGCUGGUUCGAUGGUUCCCGAGUUGCGAACAAUAUGACCUGCCAAGUAUGUGGACU